AUGGAACAGGAUCAGUGCGAGUUUCGGGCUUCGGAACAACUGUUGAACGCAUCUGCGCCUAACGCACCCUGCAUUCUGUAUAAUAAGAGUGUGGGCAGACCGCGGGCCAUUCCUGUCGGAGUCUCCGAGCGCUGUGCUCGCUCGUUCCCGCUCUCCUCGCACUGGCGCACAACUUACGUUCUCGGAAAUAUUGUUCACGUUUCGUUCGCGAUGAAGUGCGGUAUUACGUUUUGUGCCCUUUUAUUAUCUUUUUGGACUGUGUAUGCUCGCGAAAUUGACUUUAAGAAAGAGUUAAAAGCUCUAACUGAACAGAUUGAAUCGUUGAAAACUUCGCAAGCCUCUGAUGUUUCCCGCCUGAAUAAAGAAAUCGAAGAACUGAAACAAAACUCGGCGGCUGGCUGUACCAACAACCAUGAGCGCAACGAAAAAGCCACCCUCGAAUGGGCCAAGAGUUCCAUGAAAGAACUCCGUAUCGAGAUGCAUGAGCUUAACCGCAGCGUGAACAGCUCUCAACUCUUGCGCCAAUUGCACACUAUGCGAAAUCAGAUACAGCGUGCUUUGUCUGAGACUUUGGAUUUGAUUCAGCUUUAUCGGACUCAUGAGGCUCGCGUGGACAAGCUCGACAGCGAGGUGGGCCGCCUUAAGUACGAGGCCCAGGAAUCGCGAACCGCAACAGCGCAAUUACGCACGCAUUUUGGAAAACUUUCUAAAGAGUUUAAAACCAAGCAGCUUGAUAACUUAAACACGGACAGUUUCAAUGAUGUCUUGGAACCGCGCGAUGUUAGAGCAGAAGAUCAAAAGCUAGAGCAUCCGCAUAGACUUCGUCAUAAUAAAAUGGUACACGCUCAAAUUUCUCGGCUUGCUCGAAGCCAGGAUCAACUAGACGAGUAUCAACAAAACUUGCAAACUCAAAUACUCGAUGUCCAAAGACGUCUUGAUAGAGUUGAAGAACCUAACUGGAAUUUAGUUUCUGCAAGAGUCGACUUUCUUGAAAUUCAAAGUAAUGUAUUGAGAGAUGAAAUUAAAAACGUCUCGCUGAAAAUAUCUGACUUCGACAAAGUGCAUGCUUCUAUGUUAGAAUUGCGUGAAGACGUCGAAAGUAUUGAAAAUAAAGCAGACAAAACCAUUCCUGAGUUCCGGAAGGAAAUUUCUAAACUUGACGUUAGUUUUGCACAGCUCAACGCCCAGUCUUCCUAUUUAAAAGAAGACCAGGAGAACUUACGGCAGUCAGUGAAAGCUAUUGCUGUAAGUGUCAGCAACACUAUCGAUCGCGCUGAGAUGGAUCGUUUGGUAAUUAAGAGAAUAAAUGAAUCUAUUGCUGACCUGGAAACUCGAUCUAAGCAACAUUAUUAUCGCCUCAAUGAUCACAUUCUUAAGAGUGAGGCCAACCGAUCUGAACUCGUCACCAACGGUAACAUUGGGAUUCCCUUACCACAGCUAAUUGGCGAAGUUAAGGAACUACAACCUAUUGAGCAUGAAUAUGAGGACCUUGUGAGUCAACUUCCCAGAGAUUGCUCCACCGUGACUGGUCCAGCAGGCACUUACCUUAUCCACUCUGGUAGAUCACCUGUCGAGACUUGGUGCGACAGCGGCAGUACUCUUGUUCAACGUCGCUAUAAUGGGUCGAUCGAAUUUAAUCGGAAAUAUGAGGAGUAUGCUCGUGGCUUCGGUAACCCAGCUUCGGAAUAUUGGCUCGGCUUGGAAACUAUUCAUCGUCUAACUUCUGACAAUUGUUCAUCAAUGAAAAUCGAAAUGACCGAUAUCUACGGUAGCGCAUGGAACGCCGAGUAUGAACACUUCUCAGUGGGCAGCGCUGACACUGGUUAUAUUUUGGAUGUGAGUGGUUACAAAGGAAAUGCUAGCGAUGCGUUCGAAUAUCAGAACCAUAUGGAAUUCUCUGCUAUCGAUCGCGAUAGAGACAUUUCGAAUACACAUUGCGCUAGGAACUAUGAAGGAGGCUGGUGGUUCUCUCACUGCCAGCACGUAAACAUCAAUGGAAAAUACACUCUCGGACUAACCUGGUUCGAUUCCGCACGGAACGAGUGGAUCGCUGUGGCCACCAGUGAAAUGCGUCUGUUUCGCCGGCCUGGAUGCUCU